UAAUUUCAUUGGUCCAUGAAAACAGGAAGUCCUGUGACGUUGACCAAUCACAUCAGAGGUUUAUUCCUACGGUUUGGUUUCAUCCCAAGUGGCCUGUUAUUAUUUCAAGCUAAACGUCCAAAACAGGUCCACAUGAAUAUGUAUGCUGUGCCCAGCCCGGGAAUACCAGGCUGCCCACCAGGCUUAGAAUAUCUCACACAGGUGGACCAGCUGCUCAUGAAACAAAAGGUUGAGCUUGUGGAAGCUCUUGUUGGUUUUGAAAGCAACAACAAGUAUGAAAUUCGAAACGUCAUGGGCCAGAACGUGUUCUACGCCGUGGAGGAGAACGACUGCCUGAGCCGGCAGUGCUGCGGCCCCCUGCGCUCCUUCACCAUCCACGUCCUGGACAACUUCGGUCAGGAGAUCAUCACCGUCACCAGGCCGCUGAAGUGCAUGUCGUGCUUUUUCCCCUGCUGCUUGCAAGAACUGGAGGUUCAGUCUCCCCCUGGGAACACAGUGGGCUACGUGAUCCAGCAAUGGCACCCCUUCUUCCCCAAGUUUAUUGUUGCAAACGAGCACAAUGAGCCUGUGUUGAAGAUCCACGGGCCCUUCUGUGGCUGGAGCUGCCUUCCCGAUGUUGACUUUGAGAUUUUGACGAUGGAUGAAGUCAAUAAGAUUGGAAAAAUCAGUAAGCAGUGGACAGGACUCCUGCGGGAGGCUUUCACAGAUUCGGACAACUUUGGGAUCCAGUUUCCCCUGGAUCUGGAUGUGAGGAUGAAAGCCGUCAUGAUCGGAGCGUGCUUUCUCAUCGAUUUCAUGUUCUUUGAGACCACAAACUAGAAGCCAAAUGGGCUUAUACUUUCCUACAUCCCUGGAAGAAACAAGGCCACAAAGCCAUGAUGAUCCAUCCAGAAAAUGAGCAGCAGCCUUCGUAUGGAUAGUUAAAAGGGAACUGGAUGGGUACAGUCCGAAGGUGCAUGAACAUUUAGAAAGAACCUUUGCUUCAGUUUUAGCUUCUCAGGUUGGCUGUAAUGCCCUGCUGUUCAGAUAGAAGUGUGCAAAGCAGCUCCAUUUUAUUUGAUUCAUAUAUAUAUAUAUAUAUUUUUUAUUACUGGAGCAAACAGUUCAAAAGAGAUUUUUCUAGUUGGGCCAUCAAUAAAUGGAUAAUAUCAAGCCAAACUGGAACAAUAUGAAUCAAACAUGAAAAGGAAAACAGCAAAACGAUCCAGCAUCAUGUGUGAAAUUAUAUAAAACUAUAGGAAAAUAGUUUAUACUAAUAAAUAAAUAAGUAAAACAACAAAGGGGUUAUAAAAUUCACUCCAGUUAUCAAACCUGACAAAUUGCACUAACUAAUUUUUAAACUAAAAAUAUUCUGGGAUAUUGUUAACCCUUGUGCUAUCUUAGAUGACUCCACCCUUACUUUGACGUGUUCUUCCUACCAUGAC